AUGAAGCUCUACGUUAUUAUUCUUUUAAUUGCUGUUUUAGCGCUACACACCUGCAAUGCCGUGAGAUGUAUUUUAACGUGUCGCACAUUGUCUGGCGACUACACAUCUGUUGAGUUAUAAUCGACAUAACUAUAAAACUGAAUCUGACUUCUAAAUGCGAUUAUGACAAUGCAGGUACAAAUAAAAAUAAGCUGAUGUG